UCCAAUCUGGGCUUGCGCGAGCUGAGUUCGGGUGCGUACUGAUGGAAUCGUCACCGCUUCCGUUGCAGUCGCUGGCCCGUCUUCGGACCUCAGCGAUGAGCACUGCGGAGACCACUCCAGCGGCGGACCAGCCCUGCACCAGCCACGGCGAGCCGCUGCUGCACGCGAAGUCCAUGGCAAGUGCGCCGCCGACAGCAUUGGCAUUGUUCCAGGAGCACGUGCAAGUGCUGAGGCAAAACCUGGUAGGCGCUGAGCAGACGCUGGACACCACCGAUCCCGAUGAGUUGCGUCUGCUCAAGAAGGCACUGAUACAAGUGAGCAAGAUGAUCUCGCAGAUGGAGUCCGUCGCCAAUACGCUCGAGCAGAGACGGCUCAACUUGAGGAACGAGUUGCGCACCUUGGAAGACGAGAACUCGCAGCUCAAGAAGGCGCUCUUCCGCGAGCGCCGCAAGACGCUCAACAAGAAGGCGAACGAUCCGCCGCUUCUUGGAGAGCGGAUGACAUCGCCUCCCCCGCCCUUUUACCGUGGGGAGAGCAACGCGGACUACGACUCGCUGCGUCAGUUCCUGUUCGCCCCGACGAUUCUCAGAUUCCCACAUGCGGACGAGAACGACUCAUUGGCAGACUUCUUGUUUGAUGGCCCUGAUAGCAGCGCCUCCACAUCAAAGGUCAGCACUGUCUUCGGCGUCAAUCCCGGAACUUCUGGAAAGGCCAAGAGAGGGCGCGGAGGUUCGCCUACAGGCCGGAGUGCCAACAACGUGAUGGGCGGUAAGCAUUCCGGCAGCGUCAAGCGAGGUUGGGGAACCGCAGCGGCGCGGGCCAGGCCCCGACCCCUCUUGCGCACCCUGACCGGAGUCGAGACGGGCGGCGCGAGCUCCAGCGCGGCGCCUGUGCCCGCGUUGAAUGACGUCAUGCUCCUCGGAGGCUCAGCGCCCGCCAUGACGCCCAUCGCGCUGACGCCUCCGCCCCUGCCUACCUUGGAACAAAACGAGAUCGACGAUCUGGCCCAGAGGCUCCGCAACCGCAACAACAAGUUCGCGGGCAAAAAAGAGGAGGCGUUCACCAUCAUAGAAUGGAACGCUUCUAUCGACUGAGCCGCAAGGCAUUGGCUGGACAUAUUGGCAACUAUUAAAAUUUACGCCAGGAAGGAGACGCCGGUUUUGGGCACCGCUUUUCCUUGGAAUAGCGGCAUGAAAGACAGAGGCACAAAAGUAAAAAAAAUCUGGAAACCUAAAGGCGAUUUUUUUUUUGUUAAUCACUACCAUGUUACGGUGCAGAUGGUGAGGCAAUGUAAAGUUGAGAAAGAAGUUUCUGAAGUUAGAAUGUGGAAUUAAUUACUAAUGACAGUUAACUUGCUUUCAAUUUUAUUGUACUCUUCAUAAAGGAAAAGCCACAUCGAAGUGGAAGAAA